CAGCUAGGAAAUCACUCACACCCAGGCCUGCACCGAGUCCCCACAGCUCAGCCCAGGUUAGAGCCCUCCUGAAAGAGCCAGCAAACCAGUCAAGUCCUCGUCUUCCCCAGGGCCUCUGUUUUCCCAGAGGCAGCUGCUAGCACUCCCGACAUGUCUUACAGUGUCACUCUGACUGGGCCUGGGCCCUGGGGCUUCCGUCUUCAGGGGGGCAAGGACUUCAACAUGCCCCUCACUAUCUCCCGGAUCACACCAGGUAGCAAGGCUGCCCAAUCCCAGCUCAGCCAGGGCGAUCUCGUGGUGGCCAUUGACGGCAUCAACACAGACACCAUGACCCACCUGGAGGCCCAGAACAAGAUUAAGUCUGCCAGCUACAACCUGAGCCUCACCCUGCAGAAGUCCAAGCGUCCCAUUCCCAUCUCCACGGCAGCACCCCCAAUACAGUCCCCGCUGCCAGUGAUCCCCCAUCAGAAGGACCCUGCUCUGGACACGAACGGCAGCCUGGUGACUCCCAGCCCCAGUCCCGAGGCGAGGGACAGCCCGGGCAUCCCAGGCACCCUGGAGCUCAGGGGCACCUUUAACUCCUCCUUCUCCCAGACCUCUGUCUGCUCCUCACGCAUGGAGGCCUCCGAUCCUGGCCCUCCACAAAGCAGUCCAGGGGCCACGGCCAGCUCGGAGGGAGCACGGGCCCCACUCAACCCCAAAGUCCUGCCAGGCCCGAGCCAGCCGAGGCAAUAUAACAACCCCAUUGGCCUGUACUCAGCUGAGACCCUGAGAGAGAUGGCUCAGUUGUAUCAGAUGGGCCUCCGAGGCAAGACCUCGGGUGUCGGACUUCUAGGAGGGAGCCUCCCUGUGAAGGACCUGGCCGUGGACAGUGCCUCCCCGGUGUAUCAGGCUGUGAUCAAAAACCAGAACAAGCCCGAAGACGAGGCUGACGAGUGGGCACGCCGCUCCUCCAACCUGCAGUCUCGCUCCUUCCGCAUCCUGGCCCAGAUGACCGGGACAGAGUUCAUGCAAGACCCCAAUGAGGAGGCUCUGCGAAGAUCAAGUACCCCCAUUGAGCAUGCUCCAGUGUGCACCAGCCAGGCUGCCACCCCUCUGCUGCCCGCUUCUGCCCAGUCGCCUGCUGCUGCCUCGCCCAGUGCUGCCUCGCCACCCCUGGCCACAGCUGCUGUUGCCCAUGCUGCCACAGCCCCUGCCGCAGCCCCUGCCUCAAGCCUUGCGGACAGGCCAAGGCCUCAAGCCUCAGCAGCCACCUCUCCAGCACCCUCUGCCCAAACCAGCUACAACGAGGGUCCAGCUGCCCCCGCACCCAAAGCCCGGGUUGUCACCACUGCCAGCAUCAGGCCUUCUGUCUACCAGCCAGUGCCUGCAUCAACCUACAGCCCAUCCCCAGGAGCCAACUAUACGCCCACUCCCUAUACCCCCUCACCUGCUCCUGCCUACACCCCCUCGCCUGCUCCCACAUACACCCCCUCGCCUGCUCCCACAUACACCCCCUCGCCGGCUCCCACAUACACCCCUUCGCCGGCACCAGCCUAUACCCCCUCCCCCGCUCCGAGCUACAAUCCUGCGUCCUCCGGGGCCUAUAGCGGAGGCCCUGCAGAGUCUGCCAGCCGCCCCCCCUGGGUGACAGAUGACAGCUUCUCUCAGAAAUUUGCCCCUGGCAAGAACACCACCUCCAUCAGCAAGCAGACCUUGCCCAGGGGAGCCCCAGCCUAUAGCCCCACAGGUCCCCAGGUGACCCCGCUCUCCAGGGGCAUCGUCCAGAGAGCCGAGCGCUUCCCAGCUAGCAGCCGGACUCCGCUCUGCGGCCACUGCAACAACGUCAUCCGAGGCCCUUUCCUGGUCGCCAUGGGCCGUUCCUGGCAUCCGGAAGAGUUCAACUGUGCCUACUGCAAGACGUCCCUGGCAGACACGUGCUUCGUGGAGGAACAGAACAACGUCUACUGCGAGCGGUGUUACGAGCAGUUCUUCGCUCCGCUCUGUGCCAAGUGCAACACCAAAAUCAUGGGGGAAGUGAUGCACGCCCUGAGACAAACAUGGCACACCACCUGCUUCGUGUGCGCCGCCUGCAAGCAGCCUUUCGGGAACAGCCUCUUCCACAUGGAGGACGGAGAGCCGUACUGCGAGAAAGACUACAUCAAUCUGUUCAGCACCAAGUGUCAUGGGUGCGACUUCCCUGUGGAAGCUGGUGACAAGUUUAUUGAGGCCCUGGGACAUACCUGGCAUGACACCUGCUUCAUUUGUGCGGUCUGCCAUGUGAACCUGGAGGGGCAGCCAUUCUACUCCAAGAAGGACAAACCACUGUGCAAGAAGCAUGCGCACGCCAUCAAUGUGUAGCCGGGAAGACUGCUCCUGGCACCGACCAGAGGAGAUUCAAGGAAGCUGGCAUGUCUUUUGAAGAGAAGAAGGGAAGAGAGAGGAAGUGAUUGAGCCCUUUUGAAGUAUAAUUUUAGUCUUGUGUACACAAAUCGUGUAUUUGCAUAGUUCAGACUAGAAGCCCAAAGAAGAUUCUAAACUGAGCUAGUAAUUAAUCCAAGGCUGGAAUUGCACUUCAGACAUUUAGGAUAGGAUUCCAAGAACUCAAAAGUUGAAAGAAAAAAAAAAAAGAAAGAAAGAAGAAAAA